GUGGCCAGCACACGGAUAGCCCAUAGCCAACAUAUGCACACAUACCUGCUUUCGAUUCUUGCUGCCGCCGUAGCAGUUUUUGCUGCAGAGGAGCCGCCAGUCCGCACGCCGGUGCCAGCCAUCACGCUGACAAUGGAGACUACAUACCGGCCCGGAAUGACCACGACCGCAUCCGACACACGCAUCUUCACGCCUCUACCGUUCACGCCCAACCUGCGCCAUAUCAUCGACUCUGCCACCACUGAGCCACCGGUUGCCAAUAUUGUGCGCAACGCGCACAUCCAGACUUACGACGACAGAUCCACUGCUCGCGAGGAACUCUAG